AUGUCGCAAAAGCUGUGUAGCGUGAUAUGCGCUCGCUUUGCGCCCCGGAGUUUGGCUUCGCGAGUAUUGACACGCCUUCACAGCAACACGCCAAGCAGCGACGCUCUAGCAGCGCCGAGAGUCAUCUUCUCCGGUAUCCAGCCAACCGGGGUACCGCAUCUAGGGAACUAUCUUGGUGCUAUGCAGCAAUGGGUGAAGUUACAGAAUGACGCUUCAUCUAACACUUCACUGAUCUACUCGGUCGUGGAUCUUCAUGCUAUCACUGUACAUCAAAAUCCGGAUGCUUUAAGGACUUCCAAGAAAGAAAUGCUGGCUGCUCUUCUUGCUGUUGGACUUGACCCUCAAAAGUGCACCAUCUUCUUUCAAAGCGAUGUACCUGCUCAUUCUGAACUCAUGUGGAUUCUGAGCUGUUCAGCAUCUAUGGGUUAUCUUUCUCGAAUGACACAAUGGAAGAGCAAACUCGACCUCGACGAGAACGCCAAUCCCUUAGACCCCUCCAGCAAGACAAAGUUGAAACUCGGUCUCUUCUCAUAUCCUGUCCUGCAGGCAGCAGAUAUCCUCAUACACAAAGCCACACAUGUGCCUGUCGGCCAUGAUCAAUCUCAGCAUCUCGAGUUUGCACGCGAGUGUGCCGCUGGCUUCAACCAUCUGGCCGGUAGCAAGGUUCUGGUCCAGCCAGAGACGUUACUAUCUCUUGCAAAGCGUGUAAUGGCUCUCGACCGCCCAACCCACAAGAUGUCAAAAUCAGCACCGAAUCCCAAGUCACGGAUUCUCCUGACCGACUCGUCCUCUGCCAUCUCAAAGAAACUUCGUGUGGCUCUCACAGACAGUAUCGAGGGUGUAACAUACGACCCAUCAGCCCGCCCUGGUGUCUCCAACUUGAUCGAGAUUGCUUUCAACCUCGACAGCUCGAACCACGGCGCAGCAGAUCCUGCAGAGUAUGCCAAGGAGUUCGAGGGCCUUAGUCUUAAGGCGUUGAAAGACAAAGUCGCGGAGGUAGUGGACGGACAUCUUGCCCCUAUCCGUGCGAGGUUCGAGGAAAUUGUCGGUGGUGAUGGAAAAAUUCUUGAAGAGGCAGCACAGAUUGGUGCUGAGAAGGCGAGGAAGUCGGCCGAGUCGACUAUGAAGGAGGUCAGACAUGCUGUCGGCUUUUAG